UGGAAAUUUUCUGUUGAAAUAUGAUCAAAUGGAUAUAGAAAAAUGAUCGUAGAAAAUUUAUUUUAAAAUCUUAGGAAACUGAGAUCUAAUGUGAAAUUAUUGACUUUGAUUUUUUGAUUAAUUACAAAAGUUUCGAAAUGAAAAAUCUAAAACAAAAAUUAAUACAGUUUGACAAGUUCAUCAAUAAAUGAUCUUGAAAGUUGAAUAAUUUAAUAUCAAAUUUCGUUUAAAAGAUUAAAAACUUUCGAUAAUUUUAUUUCCUUGAAGAUGCAAUGCGAGGUUAACAUUGCAGGCUGGUGUUGCCGCCGUUAACAAUCCUUCUGGAAAGCAAUUACGACAGAGAUGAUAUGCAAAGCAGCGACGAAGCUGGUUAACUCAUGCGAGUUAACUCGUUUCGAGGAGACAUGUUCACGGAUUCUUUUUCUCUGCAACUCCAAGUCUCUGAAAGUAGGUUUUUGUGUUCAUAGCCCAGUAAUCAAGCUGGGUCUUCAAGAUAACAUCUAUCUGCAGAACAAUCUGUUGUCUGUUUAUGCAAAAUGCUGCGAACUGGACGAGGCGCGAAAGGUAUUCGACGAAAUGCCGCAGAGAGAUGUCGUCUCGUGGACAUCCAUGGUUUCUGCUUAUGUCAAGAACGAAAGCCCUGACUCAGCACUUCGGUUGUUCGAUGAGAUGGUGAGUUUGGGUGAGUCCCCGAACGAGUUUACACUGUCUAGUGUGCUGAGAUCUUGUGCUGCUUUGGGAGAACUGAGUCGUGGAGCUUGUUUGCAGGGGUUUGUGAUCAAGAGUGGGUUUGAGUUGAAUCGGUUUCUGGGUACCGGUUUGAUUGAUUUGUAUUCCAAGUGUGGUUGCAGUGAAGAAGCUUAUAAAUUGUUUGGUUGUUUGGAUAAUGGUGAUACUGUUUCUUGGACGACGAUGAUAUCUUCCUUUGUUCAAACUCAACAAUGGAGAGAUGCUUUAGGAUUAUAUGGCAAGAUGAUUGAGGCUGGGGUUCCUCCAAAUGAGUUCACUUUUGUGAAACUCUUAGCUGCUUCUCGUUUUCUUGGUGUGAAUUUUGGGAAAUUGCUUCAUGCCCAUGUAAUAAUCUGGGGAGUUAGAUUGAAUCUGGUGUUGAAGACAGCCAUUGUCGAUCUAUACUCAAAAUGGCAAAUGAUGGAAGAUGCUAUGAGGGUUUCGAAUUUGACACCGGAAUCUGAUGUUUUACUAUGGACUUCUGUUAUUUCCGGGUUUACUGAUAACUUGAGGUUCAGAGAGGCUUUUAGUGCAUUUCAAGAGAUGCAGAUCUCAGGAAUAAAACCUACUAAUUUUACGUAUUCUAGUAUUUUAAAUGCCUGCUCAUCAGCUCAAUCUUUGGAUUUGGGAAGACAGAUCCAUGGAAGAGUGAUUGGAGCUGGUUUGGAGGAUGAUGUUUCUGUUGGAAAUUCACUUGUUGAUAUGUACAUGAAGUGCUCAGUAAUUGAAAAUGGCUGGAGAGUGUUUACAGAAAUAAACUCACCCAAUGUCAUCUCUUGGACCUCCUUGAUUGCUGGUCUAGUCGACCAUGGUUUUGUUCAAGAUUCCUUUGAAUCAUUUGUUGAGAUGCGAGCAGGUGGAGUUCAACCAAAUUCCUUUACUGUCACUAGCAUUCUCAGAGGGUGCAGUGAAACGAGAUCACUCUGGCAGACAUUGAUACUACAUGGAUAUAUAAUAAAAACAAAGGCAGAUGAUGAAAUUGCAGUUGCAAAUGCUCUGGUUGAUGCCUACGCUGCAUUAGGAAUUGUGAAUGAUGCAUGGCAGGUGAUUAGCAAGAUGAAUCAAAGAGAUGCCAUCACAUACACAAGCUUAGCUACUAGAACAAAUCAGAUGGGUGACUCUGAAAUGGCAUUGAACAUCAUCAAUCACAUGUACAAUGAUGAUGUUAAGAUGGAUGCAUUUAGCUUGACAAGCUUCUUCUCGGCUUCAUCUAGCUUUGGGACAUUUGAAACAGGGAAGCAACUUCACUCUCAUUCCAUAAAAUCUGGCUUGAGCACCUGGAUUUCAGUCUUAAAUGGGCUGGUUGGUUUCUAUGGUAAAUCUGGAGAUGUACAUAAUGCACAUAGAGCUUUCAAAGAAAUAACAGAGCCAAAUGUGGUCUCAUGGAAUGGUUUGAUAUCUGGACUGGCAUCAAACGGAUACAUCUCCUCCGCACUCUCUACUUUCGAUGAUAUGAGGUUGGCAGGAACCAAACCCGAUUCAGUAACAUUCUUGCUAGUGCUUUCUGCUUGCAGUCAUGGUAAAUUGGUCAACCUGGGUCUUGAGUAUUUUCAAUGUAUGAGAGAAAGGUAUGACAUAUUACCACAAUUUGAUCACUAUGUUUGUUUAGUUGAUCUCCUCAGCCGGGGAGGCCAACUAGAGGAGGCGAUUGGAGUUGUAGAGAAGAUGCAUUUUCGGCCAGAUGCUCUGAUUUACAAAACGUUAUUAAGUGCCUGCAGAGUGCAUAAGAAUCUGUCUCUUGGUGAAGAUAUAGCCAGAAGAGGCCUUGAAAUCAAUCCAUCAGAUCCAGUCUUUUACACACUGCUCGCAAACCUAUAUGAUGAGUCUGGCCAGGCUAAGCUAGGGGAGAUGACUCGUCAGCUAAUGAAAGAGAGAGGUUUGAGGAAGAAUCCUGGUUGGAGCUGGGUCGAGAUUAAGAGUAAAAUGCACUUCUUCGCUUCUGGAGAUAGCUCCAGUCAGGAGAUAAAUGAGAUUCAUCAACAAAUAGAACAACUUAUAAAUGAGUUUAAGCAUAGGGGUUAUUUGUAUAGAGACAAGGGAGAAACAUCUCACCAUAGUACCAAGUUAGCUGCUGCAUUCGCUCUUCUGAAUACACCAUCAAUGGCUGCCAUACGUAUAGUAAAG